CAGUAGAAAACAAACGACUUGCGCGCGGAAGAGGAAAGUCUAAUGAAACAAAUCUGACCACAAGCCACAGAAGCCAGCAAACUAAGUAGUUUUCGGGAGUGUGAAGUGAAGCUGAUCAUGCACCAUGUCAAAAUCAAGACUGAGAAGCCAGAUCCAGAGGGUAGUGGUGCACGCAGUCGACUAGAUGCAGUAUUACAAGGUCUGGUGGAGAAAAGCGACAGCGAGAGGGAGCAAAAUGAAGACGAGUCAAAGAUGGCGGCGGACUCUCUAAGCAAGGAUUUGUCUCCAUCCUCUGCUGGGAAGCGGCCAUCAUCACGUUUCCCACAGCACCGGAGGAAGAAGCGGAAAGAGAUGGACGAUGGCUUAACAGAGAGCAACCAACAUAAGCAAAAUGCCUACAUUAUCAAGUUGUUUGACCGCAGUGUGGACCUAGCCCAGUUCAACAACAGUACCCCACUUUACCCUAUCUGCCGAGCCUGGAUGAGAAACAACCCAGGAGUCCGAGAGAGACCUACUUCCCCAAGCCCCACACGCACCAUGGGGGAGGAAGAGGCUACAGACAUGCUGAAUGGAAAGGGUCAGAAUGUGUACCGUCUACCUCCGCCGACAUCCUGUCCGCUCAGCCCUUCUGGAGAUCCUCUAAAUCUGAGGAUUCCUCUUACAGAAAAACCUGUAGUCAGCGAGUUUACAGAUACAGCUCCUGUGUCUGGUCCCCUCAUAUACAACCACAUGGAACGCUGGAAAAAGAUCAGGCAGAAAUGGAAAGAGUCAUCUAACAAGAAUCAGCUGAGGUACAGUGAGAGCAUCAAGAUCCUGAAAGAAAUGAAGGAAAUGUAUGACCGCUAGCUUGGAAUUCUUCCCUGGCAGCAUCCUAUAGCAGAGGGAGGAGAGGAAUGCUCUUAAGAGCCAAAGGGGAGUAUUCUAAACCAGUGCUCUGUUCAAAAGGAGACACGUGGAACCCAUUCUCAACAUGUACUGCCAAGAAGAAGAACCCCAAGGGAAAUAAUGACCAGUAUCUAAGAUUUGUCUAAAUUUGUUUGUAAGCAAAUGUUGGACUGUCCCUGUAUGCACAACACUAUCUCCCUCAGGGAGAGCAGGGUCAAGGGUUGCUCAAGCACAGUGUCAAUGGGUUAAAUUGCUCUCCCCCAUCUGAAGCGAUUUGAUAGAAACGUGUGAACAUUAGCUGCAAGCUAAUGAGCCAUCUGUGGGUGAGUUGUUUUAAUAGGUUUACUAUCAAAACCCGCGACUGACAUCACAACAUAUUGCUAUGUAACACAAUUGGGGUUCUCCAAUUUUGUGUUUUGGCAGUGACACCACAUUUGUUGUAGCAGCUGAGGUGGGGGCGCUGUAUUCUUGACGCUGUGCCCGCGCUAGCAAAACCCUUCUCCCUCUGUGAGGGUGUUGCAUGCAUAGAGCCAACAAUUGCUUGUUGGCUCUAUGUCCAACAAUUGCUUGAAGCUAUUAGUAAUUAUUCCCCUAAGAAAAUGUUGCAAUUCUUUGUUAAGGAUGAUGGGUGGGCCCACAGGUCACCUUGUGUAUUGGAAUAUUACUAAAACAUUACAUUGAGAUUUGUAUCAUAAUAAAUGAUCUUGUGAUGCACUUUACCAAGUAUUUUAUCAGUUGCCACUAUGAGUCAUGCAUUGUUUGUAAACAGAUUGAGUACCUUCUUUGUCCAAGUUUUGCGGCACUGCAUUCCAGGAUUCCGUAAGUAAAUAUUUGUUUUCAGACCACCCAUAUCCCAGCUUCCUAAAAUAUUUUUCUGAUGUAUCCAUGUAGGGCUGCAGGAGUUGCUGUUCUGUCACAGCCUCCGCAAUCCCAGGCUCACUUAUUUUCAGUUCGCCACCGAUGAGUGGGCUUAGUCCAUUUGUCGGUCGGUGAGUCCAUUCUCAUACACGUUUGUCCACCAUUGUAGGGGUGCUGGACCUUAAUUGUUUGCUACCAAGCUAAUUGCUUUUGAUGCAGGUCUCCCUUUUUAACUAAAGCAUGAGAUUUGAAUUUUAAAAUCUAAUUGUUUUCAUGGUAUUGCCUGACUUAAUGUUUUGCUAAUUUAAUGUGAUUUAUUGAUAAUAUGAGGGGUGUUGCAGCUAAGGUGUGCUUGUUGUCCUUACAACCAUGGCUUUUGGCUACAGGAGCGUUUAUGUUCUUUAUGUACAGGCAGAUGUGAGCUGAUAUACUUUAACAGUUGACUGAGUUGGAAAACCAGUAAAUAUGCUGUUGAGCAUUAGGGCCUAGUCUUGGCUACAUUAUGAAUCCUUAUUCAGGUCUGCGUUUACAGUUGCCAUCAUCUGUCAUUUGUAAAAUUUUAUAUCCUGAAUGUUGCUUUUAUGGAGAACCAUUUUAUGGUAAGACAUUUGUCCAGAGUCAUAUUAAGUAUAAAUUUUUUUACAGCUAUGGUCUGCCGCAUUCCACCAUUCUGGCCUCCUUUAGCUACACUGAGUCACGGGUUGUGCUAAAAAAAGCAAUAUGCUAUAGGUAAGGUUUGUUAAAUACAAUGCAGUCAUUUGCUGUGGUGUGUUGGCAAUAUAACACAAACCCUUGAUUAAUAAAUAAUUGCUACUAUUAACCAAGGGUUAGUAGUAGCAAUUACAGAUUUGACCAUAUACCAGGUAUGACAUCACUGUACUUCUCUAAUUGGUUAUCAGGGGAUUGCAGA